CCCCGCCCAACCCCCAACGUCAAAGGCAUCCCAAAAACCUCCCAGACCCGAUACUCUAUCCAAACGACGAAACGUACCGUAACGGACCCGAAACAGACCGAAAUCCACUGAAUUUUGGCCGAAAUUCAAACGACACAGAUGGUUUUCUUCUGCUUUCUCGUGGAUCAAAAGCGUGUGGUGAGGAACAGCAAGCCGGCAGCCGGGACCUGCUCGCGGUGCGGCGGAGGAGCGAGUGUCGCUGACAUGAAAACAGCUACGAGGUUCUGUUACAUCCCGUUCUACUGGCGGUCUUGGCGCGCAAUCAUCUGCACGUUCUGUGGAGCAAUUCUCAAAUCCUACCGAUGAAACACGAAAUUACAAAAAACCCAUUUCGUAUUGGCAUCGGUUUUUUAAAUUUUCUCUCUGUAAAUAUCAGAUCGGCAAGAGUUUCCUCUUUCUGCAUGUUUUUCAUGCUUUUGCAACAGAUAUUUAGCUAGAAAUAUAUGAAGAAAACACAUCUCUACA